AUGACUCGACCCUCACCCCCCACGAACCCAUCCAUCUACGAAAUCCUCAACCUCCCGUUCCCAUGCACGAGCCUCACAAAGCAACAGCUGAAAAUCGCCUAUCACAAGGCCCUCCUAAAACACCACCCGGACAAAGCGCCCGCCGUCGCGAACUUGAAGGAGAACCUAAACCUCCCCGGCUACGACACCCCACAACCCGCAACCGAGAGAAAGGGAUUCACAAUCGACGCGAUAACAUCCGCAUACAAGACGCUCUCCGAUCCCAUCCAACGCGCCGAAUACGAUCGCGCUCUGAGGCUCGAUCGGAGUCGGUUGGGCGGCGGUGAUAAGGGUGGGAAUGGGACGGUUUUCCACACGGGGCUGGAGGUUGUUGAUCUUGAGGAUCUGGAUUGUGAUGAGGAGGGUGAGGAGGGGGAAGCUGUUUGGUAUAGGAGUUGUCGGUGCGGUGAUGAACGGGGUUUCCUUGUUUCCGAGGGCGAUCUGGAGAGGGAGGUUGAGUCGGGUGAGAUUGUUGUGGGCUGUCGCGGGUGUAGUCUCUACAUGAAGGUUUUGUUUGCGGUGCAGGAUGAUGAGGAGGGGGCUGGUGAAACGAGGGCUUGA